AUGGCGGAUUCUGACGAAGCGACACCUGCUAGCGGAGCGCCUCAGUUGGGCGAGAAGCCCAAGCCUGGCGGCGGCAAGCCAAAGCCCAAGCCGCCUCCUCCUGCAACCAAGCCCAGGCCUGCUGCUCCUCCUGGCACAAGGCCCAAGCCUGGUGGCGGAAAGCCCAAGCCCAAGCCCAAGCCUCCUGCAACCAAGCCCAGGCCGCCCAAUGCUGAUGCCGCCAACGACGACGACGCUACUCCCGACAACGGCAACGACGACGUAGACAACGGCGGUGACGCAGACGCAGACGCUGUCGUGCCCGCCGCUGGCUCUGGCUCCGGCUCCGGCUCCGGCUCCGGCUCCGGCUCCGGCUCGGCCUCGUCCGACAGCUCCUCCGACAGCUCCUCCGACUCGAGCUCGGACUCGGACUCGGACGGCGGCGACGAGAGCGAGCCGGUGGCGGUCAUCCGGCCUGUCGACGAAGACGCGGACGAAGCGCCUGCGCCAAACAUGGCUGCGCUGCUGAUGGCGCCGCAAAUGACACGUGAGCGUCGCGAUUCGUCGCGGCUCGACGCCACCGAGGUCGACGCUCUCCGCGCCGAGUUUGAGUCCAUGGCCGAGGCCGAGUCGGACGGCGAGGCUUCGGGCGCGGGCUCGGACGACGAGCCGUCCGCGUCGGCGCCAGUGUCAGCCCCGGCCACGCCUGAGACCAACAAGUCGCUGACCAAGAAGGAGCGCAAGGCUGCCGAGAAGGCCGCCAAAAAGGCCGCCAAGGAGGCCAAGAAGGCGUCCAAGGCCAAGGACAAGGCCAAGGCCAAGGAGCCCUCCGUCGAGCCGCCGAGCCCGGCCAAGCCUGCACCUCCGGCCACGCCGGAGCCCAAGCCUGGCAAGAUCUCCAAGAAGCUCUGGCUCCAGGCCUACAACGACGUCCACCACCUUCCGUUCUUCCGCCAGCUGGCGACCGGAACCGUCGCCUUCAAGCCGCCCAAGGGCGCUGACGUCGAGAUCGACUCGUCGUUCCGCCGCCUCUGGUGGCGCACAGAGGUCUCGGGCACCGAUCUCUUCCACAAUGCCGUCACCCACGUCUCCACCUUUGUCCCGCCGGGCCGCGACGCUAUCGUCGCCGACCUCCCGCCCGGCUUUACCUCGACUGUCAACCGCUCCAUGGCCAAGUACAUGUAAUGCAGCGCUACCCACAAGCUAGCCCUCCAGCGCCGCCAUAAACUUGCGAUCGCUCUUGA